AUGUCUCCUUCUCGGGGAGUAUGGCAAAGAUACGUGGAGAGGACGGAGCCAAUGAACGUCACUCUAUCUACAUCGAUAACAACACUGGCCAGAAACUCCUACAAUUUGCGCCUGCCUAUAUAUCUAGAGUCAACGUCAACACAGACACGAACACAACCCAUCGACGUCCACGCUCCCAGUCCAACGUCCACAAACCAUCCAGCACACGACGCACUAAAAGCCAAAACCCAACAAACCAACGCCAACGACGAAAAACCACAAAGAUUCAUCAGAAACAAAAAGCCCAUCAUUAUAUAUAAAAAAAAAGAACACAUCGACUAA